AUGUCAGAUUUCGAGGACGAAAUGGACGUGGAUGCUCCUUCCAAAGGUGCUCUCCAGUUCAGCUCCGAUAACACCGCUGGCAAAGCGAAGAGAACUGCGGCGGAUUUGCCGGUGGAAGCUCUAGAUAACCUCCCAUGGGUAGAAAAGUAUCGUCCCGUAUCACUCGACGAUGUCUCCGGACACCAGGACAUCCUAGCUACGAUCGACAAAUUUGUCGAUGCCAACCGACUCCCUCAUCUUCUCCUCUACGGACCUCCCGGUACCGGUAAAACAUCUACAAUUCUCGCGCUCGCAAGACGGAUAUACGGGGAGAAGAACAUGCGCCAAAUGGUGCUCGAACUCAAUGCUAGUGAUGAUCGAGGCAUUGACGUGGUCAGAGAGCAAAUCAAAACUUUCGCUAGCACGAAGCAGAUCUUCUCCAUGGCACCUAAGUCGACUUCCAACGAAUCAUCCCUCGCCUCGUAUAAACUGAUUGUCCUUGACGAAGCCGACGCGAUGACCUCGACCGCGCAGAUGGCACUCCGUCGGAUUAUGGAGAAGUACACCGCCAACACACGGUUCUGUAUUAUUGCAAACUAUACGCACAAACUCUCGCCGGCGCUUCUAUCCCGAUGCACUCGCUUUCGUUUCAGUCCGUUGAAGGAGCAAGAUAUCAGGUCCAUAGUCGAUCUGGUGGUCGAGAAGGAACAAGUAAACAUUCAGUCAGAAGCUGUUGAUAGUCUGGUCACGUUGAGUAAGGGUGACAUGCGUCGCGCAUUGAACGUGCUGCAGGCCUGCCACGCAAGCAGCAAACCCCUCCCGAUGAAGAACGCACCUAAAGAUCAACCGCUCCCCGAACCGGAGCUGAUUACGAACGAGACGAUUUACGACUGCAUUGCCGCCCCGCAUCCAUCUGACAUCCAGAAAAUCCUGACGACUCUCCUUGCAACCAGCGACGUCACUUCAUGUCUCAACACGGUAAAUACGCUCAAGUCUAACAAGGGACUUGCCUUGGCCGACAUCCUCGCGGCUCUAGGUGAUCAGCUGCAGCGACUGGAGGUUCCCGCGCAGACGAGAAUCACCUGGUUAGAGGGUCUUGCCGAAAUUGAAUGGCGGCUUGCCAGCGGCGGUUCAGAAAGCAUGCAAACAGGUGGCUUAGUCGGGGUUGUACGAAACGGGUGCGAGUUGAUGGGGGAUAAGAGUGUCUCUGUCUGA